GAGAGUUCCAGAGAAAUGUUCCUCCCAAUCGCCACCCUUCUAGCCCUACUGGCCUCCUCAUAUGGGGCUGCGCUGCCCUCGGGCCUGGAGCCACAGGCCCCGCUCAGCGGCAGGAUCGUGGGCGGAACGAAGACCACCAUUGCAGACCAUCCCUGGCAGGUAUCGCUGCAGCGGUCGGGCUCCCACUACUGCGGCGGAUCCAUCCUUAGCAACACCAUCAUCGUGACCGCCGCCCACUGCCUGCUGUCCCCGGUCACGGCCUCCGUCCUCAAGGUGCGAGCCGGCACCAGCUACAAGAACCUGGGCGGGUCCCUCGUCCAGGUGGCCGCCUUCCAGGUGCACGAGGAAUACAACGCCAGCUCGAGGAUGAACGACAUCGGAGUGAUUCGCCUGAAGAACAAGCUCACAUUGAGCUCAACGAUCAAGACCAUCGCGCUGGCCGCCUCCGCGCCCGUCCAUGGAGCAGCGGCGAGCAUCUCCGGCUGGGGAUCGACCUCGUAUUCGGGAUCCAGCUCCUCCCAGCUGCUGUACAUCGACACGCGCAUUGUCGGCCGGGCAGAGUGCGGCAGCUCCACGUACGGAUACGGAGGCACCAUCCGGGAGACCAUGAUUUGUGCGGCAGCAGCCAACAAGGAUGCCUGCCAAGGUGAUUCCGGCGGCCCCUUGGUCUCUGGCGGCGUCCUCGUUGGCGUUGUAUCCUGGGGCCGCCAGUGCGCCCUUGCCAACUAUCCGGGAGUCUUUGCCGAUGUGGCAGCCCUCAGGGAAUGGCUGCUGGCAGCCCAAAAGACAGUAUAGUAGAAUAAAAUCUCUUCUUAAAUGCAA